CCAUUCUUCCAGAUAUCUGGCAAUAGUUCAUCCAUUGAGGCCAAGAAUGUCGAGGACGACAACGCUGAACAUAAUAGUGUGCAUAUGGAUUACCAGUUCCCUACUCUCUCUGCCAAACAUUAUCUACUCGACCACUCAGAGGGAGGUCUUCUCUAAUGGAGAUUCCAGAUGAUAUGUUAUGUGGAGUGGUUUGACGGACCUAGUACACAAUCCAAAAUGGAGUAUUUGUA